UGGUUAGGCUUUAAUAAUUAAUAUUAUUUUCGAUUAAUAUAUUUGUUAUAAAAUAUUAAUUUAAUAUAUUUAUUAUAAGAUUAGUAUAUAAGUUAUAUUAUAAGCGUUAUCAUAUAUAAAAGUAUUAUAUAAGCGAAUUAAUCAAUGAUGCUGGUACAUCUACUCGUUAGUUAUUCGUAAAGCACGUGUGCAAUCGUCGGUGUAAAUGAAAGUAAUUCUGAAAGUAUAAAAAAUAUUUUGUAUAAAAAAUAUGAUAAAAAGCAAGGGAUGGAAGGUUAUACAGCCUUACUUUUCAUUAAUAAAAUUUUGUAAAAAAGAUAUGAUCACAGGGCGAGUGCUAAUUCGGCAAAAUAGUGGAAACGGACGUCAGAUAAUCAAUUUUAUAACGAUAGAAGAUUUUCGUCAACGAUAUUAUCGUGAUUUAUCGAGGAAAAAAAAGUUGAGUACAUCGAUACACGAUACAAUCAAAAUGAGUGAACUAACCUGGGAGGAGAAAUAUAAUCUUAUUACGAGAAAUUUAGGUGAAUGGCUCGGCGAUGAAAAAUUAAAAAGUAUUUUGAAACAGCGAGAUUUAAAGAUAUAUUGGGGUACUGCUACUACCGGUAAACCUCAUAUUGGAUAUUUUACACCAAUGUUAAAGAUAGCUGAUUUUUUAAAUGCCGGAGCUGAAGUUACAAUUUUAUUUGCCGACUUACAUGCAUAUUUGGAUAAUAUGAAAGCACCUUGGGAACUUUUAGCGUUAAGGACUGAAUAUUAUGAAGUUAUUAUUAAAGCUAUGCUUAAGUCUAUUGAUGUACCUUUGGAUAAACUUAAAUUUGUUAAAGGAACGGAUUAUCAAUUAUCCAAGGAAUAUACAUUGGAUAUGUAUCGAUUAAGUUCAAUCAUAACCGAACACGAUGCUAAGAAGGCAGGUGCGGAAGUUGUUAAACAAAUUACAAAUCCGUUACUUUCCGGUUUGCUGUAUCCGGGAUUACAAGCACUCGACGAACAGUACCUUCAAGUCGACGCACAAUUCGGUGGAAUAGAUCAAAGGAAGAUCUUUACUUUCUCUGAAAAAUAUUUGCCAAUGCUUGGAUAUGAAAAACGUAUUCAUUUGAUGAAUCCUAUGAUACCUGGAUUAGCUGGUGCUAAAAUGUCUUCCUCCGAGGAAGACUCAAAAAUUGAUCUUCUGGAUGGAGCUUCAACAGUUAAGAAAAAAUUAAAAAAAGCAUUUUGCGAACCUGGUAAUAUCAAUGAUAAUGGAAUACUUUCCUUCUCUAAACAUGUGAUAUUUUCUUUAUUGAAAAAAGGAGAAUCUUAUAAUGUACCAAGAAGUAAAGAAUUUGGUGGAGAUAUAUCUUUCUCUACGUACGAGGAAUUAGAAACUGCAUUUGCAAAGGAAGAAAUACAUCCUGGCGAUCUUAAAAGUGCAGCCGAAAUAUAUAUAAAUAGACUCUUAGAUCCAAUUAGAAAAGAAUUUGAUGGAAAUUCUAAAUUAAAAUCUCUUGCCAGUAAAGCGUACCCACUACCACAAAAACAAAAAGUGGUCGAUGAAAUAGUACCAUCGAGAUUGGAUAUUAGAGUUGGAAAGAUCGUUGAUGUGAAAAAACAUCCUGAUGCGGAUUCAUUAUAUGUAGAGAAAAUAGAUUUAGGCGAAAAUAAUGGUCCUAGAACUAUUGUCAGCGGGCUUGUAAAUUAUGUUCCUAUAGAGGAAAUGCAAGACAGAAUGGUACUCGUACUUGCAAAUCUUAAAGCGGCUAAUCUUAGGGGUAUACCAUCACAUGGAAUGGUUCUUUGCGCCUCCGUAGAUGAACCAACAAGACAGGUUGAACCUUUGAGACCACCAGAAAAUAGUAAUCCUGGUGAUAGAAUUUUUGUAGAGGGUUAUGAAAGUGGGACGCCGGAUGAAGUUUUAAAUCCAAAGAAAAAAGUUUGGGAAAAGUUGCAGGUUGAUCUUAUAGUAAAUGAUAGUGGAGAAGCAUCUUGGAACGGAAAUUUAUUACUUACGUCGAAUGGUGGAAAAACGAUUGCUGACUCUCUUAGAAACGUACCGAUUAAGUAAUGCAUUUUACAGUUAUUCCACUUAUGCAUUUUAUUGUUUUAGAAAUGGAAUUAUGGAAUCCAUUUGAACUGCCUAUUUUUAAUUACUUUAUUAAACAUUUUAAUAGAUAAUUAUUAUGUUAUAAAUGAAAAAUAAUAUGAAUGCUUAACGAUCAAUCGA